AUGACCGAUGAGACAGCUCAGCUUACCUGGAUCAUCGUAUCCCGUCCAGUCUUCCCUGCUUUACGCCACCGCCUCCUCGACUUAAUCAUAGAAUUCAAGAUGGAGGGUGUAACCCGCCAGGCUUCGAGACUUGUUCGGUCUCGUGGUGCGAAUAUCCUCACUCACCAGCGUCGUCUGCCUCGAUCAGCUUCCACGCCGUGCGUGGCCGCGGCACAAGCCCGCUCCGUCUCCAACUCUCCGCGCCACCUUGCACCAGAAUCCAUCUUCAGCAAUUUUGCAGCCGCUGGUGGCCCUCAAGGAGGUGGUUUCCCUUCAACCUACUUCACGAAUCGGCAGACCCUCCCCGCCAAUACCGUCAUACGUUUUGUCCCGCAACAGACAGCAUGGAUCGUCGAGCGCAUGGGAAAGUUCCAUCGCAUCCUGGAACCCGGUUUGGCUAUUUUGAUGCCAUUUAUUGAUCGAAUUGCAUACGUGAAGAGCUUGAAGGAGUCGGCGAUCGAAAUUCCCAGUCAAAAUGCCAUCACUGCGGAUAACGUCACACUGGAAUUGGACGGCGUCCUGUACACCAGAGUGUUCGAUGCGUACAAGGCCAGCUAUGGAGUCGAAGAUGCCGAAUACGCCAUUUCUCAACUUGCCCAGACGACUAUGCGAUCGGAGAUUGGUCAAUUGACCUUGGACCAUGUUCUGAAGGAGCGUGCGACGCUCAACACCAACAUCACACAGGCCAUCAAUGAGGCUGCGCAGGACUGGGGUGUUGUCUGUCUGCGUUAUGAGAUCAGGGAUAUCCACGCCCCCGAGGGCGUCGUGGCCGCCAUGCACCGCCAGGUCACCGCGGAGCGGUCAAAGCGGGCGGAGAUUCUGGACUCGGAGGGUCAGCGACAGAGCGCCAUCAACAUCGCCGAAGGUCGUAAACAGUCGGUGAUUCUCGCAUCCGAGGCCUUGCGAUCUGAGCAGAUCAACCGCGCUUCCGGUGAGGCCGAAGCGAUCAAGCUCAAGGCGGAGGCUACCGCUCGCGGAAUUGAAGUCGUGGCUCGUGCUAUUCAGGAUGGCCAGGAGUCUGCUCAGGGUGCUCUCAGCCUGCGUGUGGCGGAGCAAUAUGUUGAUGCCUUCUCCAAGCUGGCCCGUGAAGGCACCGCCGUUGUUGUGCCCGGCAACGUUGGUGACAUGGGAGGCAUGAUCGCAUCCGCCAUGUCUGUUUAUGGUAAGAUCAGCGAGACCCAGGCGAAGAGCAUGGCUGCCAAAGCUCUUGGUAAGGAGGGCCAUGUCUCCGGUGGGAUGUCUGAGGUCUCGCAGCAAAGUGGCAGCGAGGCUGACCCAGCCCUCGCUGAUGAGCAGUCGCAAAACAGCAUUGCCCAAGACGUUUUGGAUGGAUUCGACGAAGCCAGUCAGAAGAAAUGA